AUGAGUCUGGGAGGCAGAAACAAGCUGAGCAUAUUGGACAAGCCCUUGAGCAGGGGCAAAGGUGAAAUAUCUUUGAGCUGCUUCGCCCUUUUAUUUUCAGAAGUUGUCCAGUAUUGCCAGAACAAGUCCCAAACUUUACUUGACCUACAAAACAGAUUACAUGAACUUGGCCGUAGAGUUGGCACAAAACUAAUAGACAUAUAUUUUGUGAGAGAGCGUAAUGGGAAACGCGAAACGAAACUUUUAAGCAUCCUCUUGUAUGUAAAAUCAACAUUCUGGAAGGCCUUGUUUGGAAAAGAAGCGGAUAAACUGGAACAUUCCAACGACGACGAAAAUACUUAUUAUCUAAUGGAAAAAGAACCCAUUGUUAACAGAUACAUUUCAGUGCCGAGAGACAAAAGCAGCCUCAACUGUGCUGUGUUCAUUGCUGGCAUUAUAGAGGCUGUUUUAACAGGAACAGGAUUUCCUGCUAAAGUUACUGCUCAUUGGCACAAAGGCACAACUUAUAUGAUUAAAUUUGAAGAGUCAGUUAUGGGCAGAGACAGCCAAUUAGAAGAAAGAUAA